CUCGCAGAUCACAGCGCACUCCUCCGACGGCAAACCACCGGCAAAAUGUCUCCUUACCAAGCGCGAGAACAUCGGCUCGGGGUCUCAGAAAUCCUCUUGCUCUGCUUCGCUCUGGUCUCCAGCCACGAAGUAGUGUCCUCCAAUCAUCAAAGCACACCGGAUGCGUCCACCCUGAGAGUGGAGGCUCGAGAAUCCGAGGCAUCGAUCACCCUGGGGAAGGAUCUUAUGCUCGGGCCACCGUUGCCGACCAAUUCUGCGCUCCUAGCUAACACCAGCAACUCCAACGACGUCGCGACGACGAGGAUCGAGUCAGCAGGCCAGGUGUAUGCCGACGAAAUCAGUGGGAGCAUCGUCCAUGGGCCGGUCCCGAAUAGUCCUCGAUGGUCUUCGCAGGUCUCCGACAAUCGUCAUUGGACGAGCAAAGGCUCGAAGAGCGUCUGGAAGAAAGACAGCUAUCUCGAGGCACUGAGACACUCUCGCAACAGCGACGAUCCGCGAGAAGGUGUCGUGCGGACGGACUCGAAGACGAAGGCGAAUAGGAGGGAGUACACGCCGGGUCCCGUUUACAGGGCAGACUCGGGCUACGGCCCGCCCGAUUCGACGUAUCCGUCGAAGGAGCCGCAGAUCGCCUACGGCACCUCGAGCGCCUUCUCGUCCCCCGGCGAUUCCUACGCGCAACCCUUCAAGUCGUCGAUGAACCCGAACGAUCACUACGGCGCACCGCAGAACUCGUACGGUCCGCCGAGCUCCUCGUCCUACCCUCAGACCUCGUACGGGCCACCCGCGAACUCGUACCAGCCGCCCCAACAAGCAUACGGCCCUUCCAUACACGUUUCUCCAGCAUCUCCUGUCUACGGAGCACCUUACGCACUCCCCGAUAUGUCUCACAUCUCUGUUUUGCCGACCUUCGACCUUGGCUGGCCGAUCGCCCUCAAACUGAACGCCUUCACCAUCGCGAAGAUCAUACUGAAGUUGAUCAUCUUCAAGAUGAUUGUUAAAUUCAUAGCGGCAAUUUGCUUGCUGCUCUUCAUACCCAAGCUGGAGAUCAUCAAGAAGAAGGGUAACAAAGACGAGGAGGACGAAGAACGGGGCUUGUCGUCGCCUUACGCCAGUUCGGAGACGCUGAACGAUCUCGAGUCCAUGGUGCGAAGCUCCGUCGAGAAGUACGAGGCGCAAAACGACGCUGGUUCCAGUUCGACGAAGAAAUGCACGACACCCGGAUGCCGUGUCGCUGAAGCUCUCACGUUCCGCGAAUCUCGGGACGACUAUUUGAAUUUAUUCAAGAGCUACGUGGAAGAAGAGAGGCGGGUCACGAAGCGGGAAGAGCAGUGA